AUGAAUCAUAAAGCCGUUGUGAUUUGUAGCCGCGCCGACAAUGCAAGGUCGUUGAACGACGUUGAAGCAAGUCUGCCAACUGAGGUGGCCGCCCGUGAAGCCGCCGUUGACGAGGCCCUCUUCGACAGAGCCGGCAAGUUCCUGUCCACCCACACCGUUGAGCUCAGCCUGCCCGAGGAGGUCUCCCGCUCAUUCGAUGAGGCUCGUGGCAAGAAGAAGAAGAUCAUCAAGACCCUCGCCCCCCUCCUCCUCCUCCUGAAACUCAAGGCCAUCGCUCUCAUCCCAAUUGCCCUCGGUGGCCUCGCCCUGCUCGCCUUCAAGGCCCUCGUCAUCGGCAAGAUCGCCCUCAUCAUCUCCGCUAUCAUCGCCAUCCAGAAACUGUUGGCCGCCAAGGGUCACGGCCAGAGCUACGAGGUUGUUGCCCACCCAGCCCACCACGACGAGCAUCACGACACCCACUGGGGCAGAUCGGCCAGCGGCGCUGACCUCGCCUACAGCGCUUACAAGCCAGCCAACUAA